GCAGUUGACUCAAACACUUUGGCGGUUUGUGGGAAAUGGUGGACGGAGCGAAGUUCGGCGGCCGCUGAACAAAUGCGGAGGAUUUAUACAUUGAAGGUUUUACUGAGUUAUUGUUAUGUCGGAGAGUAAAUAUUCGUGUGUGAUUUUUUUCUAUCGGACUUUUUACACUCGGAAAUGCUCCGGACAGCGCAGCGCGCCGUAGCUACUAACAUUAGCCAGCGGUAACGUCCCGCAGACGGUCAGUUAGCUGUUGUUUUGAUUCUCCGACUCGCCGGACGAAGUAUCCGCUUAACUGGUUUAUGUAGCCACCAUGAUGUCUCAUCUUCAGGAAUCAAACGGUAAAUACCUGUGGUGGUUUCUCCAGAGUCUCGAAUUCCACCUCGACGCUGCCAAUAACACGGCGAACAAAACCAACUCCAAGCAUCUCAAUCUCGGAGUGAACAUGUUUGAUAAACCAAACAAAGAGGCUUUCUACAUUGUCAUCCAUUUCUUGUUUAAGAAGCUGAACCCUUCACGUGCACAGGAUGCAUUCAGACAUUGCUGGCCAGUUUUGGAUCACAAGGCAGAUGCUGUAUUUCGUAAGGUGGCAGUCGGAUGGCUCCAGGAAAUAGCAAAUGAAGAAGGGAGCAACUUUCCCAAGGUGGUGGCAUCACAUUUAUUGUCUCCUUCUGGACCAAGAUUCGUCAAUUUGAUGCUUCACUUGGCCAAACAUGUCAUGCGAAAAAUAAUGAUGACUUUCACCACAGAUGGCACAUGGGUUCCAGAGGCUGCAGCUGUUCCUGCAAGCUCUCCUGAGCUGGCAAUGAAGCGUUUUCAGGUGGUGAAGCGACUUUUUCAGAGAGUGUCUGUGGAGCAGGACAGUCUUAUUCAGGACUAUCAGAAGAGGGCUAGACGUUUGGAGAAGUCUUUGAAGGACCUUAAAGCAGAAGAAGUCAACUAUGAUGAUUUGCUCAAGAAACAUGAGAACAACACGGACUUGGAAAGUGAACAGCUGGCAAAGAUUCAAUGCAAGGUUCGAAGCUUAUGGGCUGAGAUUGAUAAAACCUUGUCCAGCCUAGAAGGAGAACAAAACGUGUUGGAUAGUGUGAUCCAGGGGAAGGUGGACCAAUAUGCACUAGAUGGAAGGGAUAGCAGUGUGAAGAUACCUGCAGUUCUGCUGGAGCGAAUGGAAAGAUUAUCACAUCAGACCAGCACUGGAAGCUUAUAUGAGGGAGACCAACCUGUCCUCCUGCGGUUGUUAGAGCUUCUGAAUGUGGGAUUGAGUCUCCUAAAUGAAGAGCGAGCCAAGGUUUCACAUCCCGCUUUACGGCUCAACCAACAGACUCUUCAGGAACAAGCUUUGCUCAUGAACCGCUCAAAGGAGACACUGAAAAACAUGAGGCGUAAAUUGGUCAAGGAGGAUGUACCACAGACUAAAAGCUCAAUUCAGAAACUGGAGUUGGACUGGGAAAGGAAGUGGGCUGAGUGUUUGAGGCACACUCCCUUGAUUUCUUUCCUCAAGGAAGAUCCUGUUUUGGACUUCCUUUCUCCAAUGGCACCUUUAUCAUUUGAACCAGCCUGUGAAGCUAUUUUUAAGGCUAGUAUCUUCUCAGGAUAUCCAGCGAAGUUUCCUGAAUUGACAGAACAGAGCCAUAAAGAAAAACCUUGUUUGUUCGAUGAAGCCAAAAAGGAAGUUGACUUUUCAAGCUCUCACCUAACUGCGGACAAAACUGAAGACUUGUUUUCUACCUGCUUUACCUCACCACAGUGCGUGUCAGCUCACAGGGCACAUAAUGUGACCCAUCCUGAAAUCCUGACUGGCCUUGCUGAAUCCCCAGCAGUUGUUCCCACUCCGAGCUCUGUUCAAGCCAGCCAUAGGAAACCCUUUACUUCACAAACUAAGACAUCUGCUGCAAAGCCAAAGGCUAAGAUUCUAGAAUUGGAAUAUGACAACCUGGCAAGUCAGUUUGCUGAAGCUGUAACAAUGAGUCCAGUGGAUGGUAGGAGAAGCGGUAUGGAGCUUGAGCAGUUGCUAAACACAUUGUCAGAUCCUUUCACAACCAAGAAACAACUGCCUCGCACACCAGAAAGCUUGAUUAUGGAUGUCCGAGCUUCAUGGAGGAAAGCUGUAGAAGAAGGGAAGGCUGAGAAAAAGCAUGGGAGAGGCCAGGAUUGCCUCUCUGUUCUCGUAACACCUACAUCUGAGGCCAAAGAGAGAAGCCACAGUCCAGAACCGUUUUCGCCGAGUGGUUCUACAGUGUCAUGUGCUGACCUGCAACCAUGCAGUCCCCCUCCUUCCCAGCAGGGGGCUUCCCUUCACUCCACAGUCACCUGGAACUCCUCUCAGCUGGAGGCUCUUGACCAAAGCUCCAGCAAUAUCAUACAGCUCAGCAUUGCCCAUGAGACCUUUCCAGACAUGGAAAAUGACUGUUCUUUCAACUUCAGUGAUCAACUUAAAGAAGUCCAGGAAGAGAUGGAAGAACUUGUGCUCCCUCCAGUUGUUGCACAAUCUCCUGAAGCAGAAACUGCCCUCCAAAUGGCUCGAAAACGCUUGGCCAUUUUGGGCGAGUCCCCCUUUACAGGGGGAGACAGGGAGACCGAGUCUGAUGUCUUGAUGUCAGCAAGAAGAAUGAGCCCAGGGUUGAAAAGUUAUGGUGGGAAGGUGUUUUCUCUGGACUUGGACCAGUUGGAGGGUUUUUCCUCUCCUCCACGAGAGGAGCUCACUCUGCCCAAUCUAGUGACAUUUUCACCCAUGGAUGAAUUCUAAGCAUGGUCUCGAGUCUAGACCAUGCAUGGCUCAAGCAGUCCUUCUAACUUUUAUCCCUGUGUAUUUAGUACCGUAAGGCUGGCUGGUUGAGGACACAGAGACAACGGAUGGAGGGGAAAAGUUCCCACAUCCUAGCUGUAGUGCUUUAAGUUGUUUACUGCUCUUUGUUUUAACACUUGCCUUUGUCUUAAGAUAACUUUUACUAUUUCUGUAAAAGUUCAUUGCUACAUAAUGAGUCACAUGACCGGAUUGUACAGUUGUGAAAUUAAAUAAAUUGGGCUAAUAAAUGUAACAAACUAGAUGUGAAUGUAUGUUGUAAUAAAGUAACUUUGUGCAGCCAUCCUGUGUCUGAAUAAAAGGGGCCUACUAUA